CCGUGGUAGAUAGAAUAUUCGCAAUUGAACCCGGCAGAGUUUUGCGAUUACCGCUAAUUACGAUGAAGAAACGGUCGUGCUAAGAAUCGUUGGUCGCUUGAUAAUCCAGCAGCUCCGUUCAGUCUUGUGGUCGGACGGAAAGUGCAAAGUUACCCCGAUGCUUCUGCGUGCUCGUCUGUUGUGUGACGUCGUAUUGUCUUUUAAUAGUCAGCCCCUGUGACCGGUUUUUCCGUCGUUAACAAGGCACCGUUGUACGUUGAGACGCGCCCUCGUCCGACCUUGAAACCUAUAAUCGUUCAUAGCGUUCGAUGUUCGAAACAUCUUCUGGAAAACGAUUAAUCGUGCUCCACAGGUUCGAAUCUUUUUUGUUUUCUUCGGCGCCUCGUUAACGCGGAGCAACAGUGAAAUGGCGAAAAAGACGUACGAUCUGUUGUUCAAGUUGCUGCUGAUCGGUGAUUCUGGAGUUGGCAAAACUUGUAUAUUGUUCAGAUUUUCGGACGAUGCUUUUUCAACAACGUUUAUUUCAACAAUAGGUAUCGAUUUUAAAAUCAAGACAGUGGAAUUAAGAGGAAAGAAAAUCAAGUUACAAAUAUGGGAUACAGCAGGUCAAGAAAGAUUUCAUACCAUUACUACAUCAUAUUAUAGAGGUGCAAUGGGUAUUAUGCUUGUUUAUGAUAUUACUAAUGAAAAAACAUUUGAAAAUAUUGUUAAAUGGUUGAGAAAUAUUGAUGAACAUGCAAAUGAAGAUGUGGAAAAGAUGAUACUGGGAAACAAAAGUGAUAUGGAAGACAAACGUGUUGUUAGUACAGAAAGAGGAGAAGCGAUAGCAAGAGAGCAUGGAAUCAGAUUUAUGGAAACAUCUGCAAAAGCAAACAUUAAUAUCGAUCGUGCAUUUAGUGAAUUAGCUGAAGCAAUAUUGGAAAAAACUCAUGGGAAAGAACCACAAGAUGCUCCUGAUAGAGUAACGGUUGAUCGAAGGGUGGAAAGAAAUUCUAAUCGGUGCUGCUAAUCUUAUUUAUUUUAACGGCGCAUAAUAUACUAUAUAUAUAUCAAUAGAUAUAUAUAUAUAUCAAGCUCGUGCCACUCAAAAUAGAUUUGUGGAUAGAUUUAGAGCAUAAUUUAAAAAAGCAUAAUAGAAUAAUUAAACUCUUCACAACACUGCCUAAUCAAAUUCAAUUGAACUUACUUGAUGAAAUUUCUGAUAAAGAUAUGUCUAAAAUUAAUUCAAAGAGUAUAAAAAGAACUAACUCCAAUAUGAAAGUGAAGUUUUUUAAUUAUACCUGGAUUUCAGAGGAUGGGUUAUAAAUGCUGUUUGUCGUAUAUAUGACUGUACUUAUGUGUCUAUUGCAUGUAUACAAGCGUUAAACCUCCAUCACAGCUUUUAUAAUGAACAAAAAAUCAAUAAUAUAUACUGAUGGAUGGAGCUUUGUUUUCCAUGAAACUCCAUGCGUUGUUGCACGAACAAAGUCAACUAGAAACAAUUUGUUUGUUAUAUGAGGCUGCAAUUUGUUACCAUAAUGAGAAAAGUGAGAAUGAAUGUGGGCUCUUGAUCUUAAAAAAAAAUCUAUGUGAACAUUGAAUGCUUUUUCAUACGGACAUUGCACUAUAUAUGCUUAUUUACAUCUUAAGUUAAAAUCUAAAAGCUUAAAACUGAGCUUUUAUCCUAUUUGUGUAAGACUAAUUUACUACAAAUAUAAAUAUUCACGAUUUCGAA